CCAACUGUUCAAUGCGUAAUCGCCUCGCCGAGUAAAUACUGCGUGAAGCAUCUGAAUACACAUAUAUACAACUGCGCGGGCGUGGCUUUGCCGAUCUCCCAGUCGUUCUAAUGUCGUAAUAAUAUCGUGAUGCAAGCGGCAAAACGUUAACGCUCCUUAUUAUCCAUCGGCUCGCGAUGAGAUAAUCAUUAUUUUUACAUUUCACAUGGCAUACCUUCGAAGCAAUCAACAACAAACAACAUGCGGCGUCAGUCAACAUUUAGUUAAGUCACUAUCAACCAACUAAAAACAGUUUACCAAAGUUGUUACGUUUGUUUUAAAUGUUGUUAGUGUCAUUAAUGUCACUUAGUGUCGUUAGUAUCGUUGUGGUGUCAAAUUCAAAACAUUUUCGCGUGUGAUUGUAAUUAUAAAUAUGGUUUUGGAUCAAUAUUGUCAGAUCGUCCAAAGAGACACAGCGAGUAUUUCCGUUCUCUGGAAAGCGUUGCAUGUACUAUGUCUCUUGACCGCUACAAUAUGUUCACUGAUAACAGCUCUGAACAUAAUGCGUAUCAUAGAAGUUUUCGGAUUUAAUUGCAUUCUUUACGCAAAUUUAAAAUUCACUGAUGUCAAUGCCUACGAAUCAGCCGGACCAAUCCCGGAAAACUUUUCGUUUCACAAUCCGCUCACCAUUUGGGGCAGCGACAGUGUGUGCUCAUACACCAGGGGCACAUAUUUAUUCUCAAUGAUUGUCGCGAUGAUAAUGUUGGCAUUCGUUAUCGUGUUUCCUAAAGGUGGAUAUGCCAAAAAUAGAACAGUUGAUGUAGAAGGAUGGAAGUUGGUACCAUGGGCAAUCGUAUUCUCGAGUGUGAUGGUAGUCUGCAUUGGAAUAGCACAUGCAUACAUAAAAAAUGGCUUGUCGCAUUUUACAGAUCAGAUCUAUGCCAAACUGAAAGAAGAAUCUGAUUGUGAUAGCAUGAGUUAUAUACCUACAAUGGACCCAUGUCACGCAGACAUAAACACUUUCACUCUCAUUUUCCAACCGUCCAUCGUCUGGAUAUCCAGGUACAUUGUCAGUUUGAAGGUCACUGCAACCAUCGUCUUUGUAGCCUGGAUCGUUCUAAUUGGCACGCUGAUUUUACGAAUUAUAGUGGGUGUUGACUUUCGCAUUGUUGUAUAUAACUUAAAACCAGUGGUGAAAGAUGUUGAUACCGGAAGUUCCGUAAGUGAAGACAGUUUCUCUGAUGAUGACAACCGUAUCCAACCAAACAAGAAACUUGUUGCUGGCCAAAUCCACACGGAUAACACAUACAAAGUAUCAGAUGCGUCAGAUACUGUUGAAACCUUUAUAUAAUUAUUGUUUUUUAUAUUUUUUAUAAAAACUGUGACUCCCUUUAAAACUUUACAUAACUUAUUUAAAUAAAAUCUAGAUUAAAACAUAAAAAAUAA